AUGUUGGCAUGCGAGCUAGAUCUGCCAAUUGGAAUCAACGUUCCCCUCACACUCCUCAGCGCUCUGCUCGCCGUCUUGUUCACCUUUACAGCAUUGGCAUCUGAUCUGCUAUGGGAUACAUACAUGAGAAGCAGACGGAGAAAUUUCCGAGCAUUGAGGAGAGAAAGAACUAAAAGUUCCGCCAUUAAACGUUCGAAGUUGAAUGCGCGUGACCCCUCAUCCGAAGGUCUUUUGCACCCUAUCGAGGAGGAAGAGGAGGAGGAGGAGGAGGAGGUAGGAGAAGAAUAUGAAGAGGAACGCUACAAUCAGGAUUCAGAGGAUUCAGAAUCGCCACCACUAUCGACACAUCCCUUCGAACAAGACAGAAAUGGGACAUUCGUUCCCGACACACCGCCCGAGACUCCACCUCUUUCUCCCCAACCGGUCCUCCAUCGUGACCCAGGAUACAAGUUUUUGGAUCUACACCUCAACGGCUCAGCCGGAGGAACACCAACGAAACUUCCGGCGCAAAGCCCAGAAAGGAUAACUCCAACACGCGUGGAGAGUUCUGAAAGUUCGAUUGGAUUUCCGGGGUUCCCAAGGUUUCAAAGAGAGCCAAGCGAUCAGUCAAUAUCACGACGAUCCGAUUCGUUCAUGGGAUCAACCUAUAGCUCCUAUGGACUCAGCAGCAUUAUGAAUCUUGCCUACCGAGGCACAUCGCCUGCGAAGAAUGCGUUCAUUGCAACUGGUGAAGUACUCUACGCAGGUUGUACGCGCAGGAAUAUCAUUAAAGGUUUUCUAUGGAGCUUGGCCAUCACAAGCAUGCACUAUGUGGGAAUUUCUGCGCUGCGUAUUCCACAGGGAGACUUCACCCUUGAACCGCCGCUCGUCAUUUUGUCGGGCCUGAUCAGCUGGGUCGUCUGUCUCGUCGGAUGCAUCUUGAUGUCCCAGAUCGAGACUCACUUGACACAGCAAUUCCUCUUCGCAAUCGUAGCAUGCACCGGCGUCGCUGCCAUGCACUUUACUGGAAUGCGAGCUGCAACAUUUUGGUCAAAUGCCGAACCAUCUCCCAAAAGAGGCUACCCGCCUGCGCUAGCUGUUGCCAUUGGUAGUAUCGCCAUCACGACGUGUAUCGCAGCCAACUUCCUCUUAGCACAUGUGGCAACGAUCUCACGCAACAAAUUGGCAGAGAUUGUAAUGACACGGAAGCAACUAUGGAGGACUAUCGCGCAGAAGGAGAAUGCAGAAGCUGCCGCCGCCGCUAGAAGUGACUUCAUAGCGUCGGCUUCCCACGAGAUCAGGACCCCUCUCCAUCACCUCCAAGGUUACGGUGACUUGUUAUCCCGAACUGAGUUGACCGAAGAGGGCCGUAUACUUCUUUACGCGAUUCAGCACGCCACAAAGACGCUUUCUUUAAUCACGAACAACGUACUGGAUUGGUCAAAGUUAGAAAAGGAUGCCGAGGCCGUCUGCCACCCUGUUGCUCUGGACAUGAGAACCGUUUGCGAAUCAAUCCUAAUGCUUCUGCCCAACAAAGAUGACGAAGCAGAUGUAAGCCUUAUGGUUGUUGUGUCUCCGAACGUACCACAUUCACUCUUCCUGGACGAAACUUAUAUUCAGCGGAUCCUCAUGAAUCUUCUUUCCAACGCUUUGAAGUUCACGAGGUCAGGCUAUAUCAUGUUGUUGAUAGGAAUGGAGAACGGUAAGCUCGUUGCCACGAUCAAAGACACUGGGACUGGCAUUCCCCCAUGCUUUUUGCCCCAAUUAUUUGAGCCUUUCAAACAAGCAACGACCAGAGGAUCGCAAAGAGGAACCGGACUAGGAAUGAGCAUUAUCAAACAGCUGCUGCACAAAAUGCAUGGGACGAUCGAAGUAGAAAGCAGACAUCCAGAUACAGCGUCAGUGGGGCCGGGACAGACUGGAAGUACUUUCACCGUCACAAUACCCGCGCCGUUGUCUAGUACGCCAGAUCCAGAGCCCUAUCUUACUGAAGUACUUCCUUGUAUCGCAAUGUUCCAUGGGGAUAACGAGCGAUCAUUUGAAGGGCUGCGUACCGCUUGGGAGAGUUUUGGGUUUGAGGUUGUGAGGGUCAGCGAUUCCUCCGAUCUCUCUGGCUCGGAGUGGAAGUACGUUUGGGCGGACUUACCAUUCUUGAAAGGAAACCCGCGUUGUCUUCAGCAGCUGCUUGAGCAGGAUCAGUGGCAGGUCCUUGUGCCAUACGAUACUCAAGAGGCGCUCCAGCAGACCCCUAGCGUACUAUCUAGGCCACAUCUCGUCCGUUUGCAGAAGCCAUUGCUAUGGCACACUUUCGCUGAUCAGAUCCCCGCUCCCGGCGAGUCCGCUAAUAAUGCCGCUCUUGCCAGAACGGUCAGAUUUGCACCGCAGGUCGACAUCGUGGAUGGCAACGACAAGGAACAGCCUCAGGAAGCUACAGCAAAGGAUUUAGUAAUACUUUUAGUCGAAGACAACCCGAUCAACCAGAAGCUCGGCAAAAAGAUGUUGACAGCCUUGAAGUAUCAAGUCUUGCUCGCAGAUGAUGGCGAGGAAGCUAUCGAGCAAAUGAUGAAGCACGAUGCCACCAUAGACGCAAUACUGAUGGACCAGUCUAUGCCCGUCAAGGAUGGCAUCACAGCAACAAAGGAGAUACGUGCAAUGGAAGCAGCUGGAACACUUUCCCGGAGAAGACCUAUCAUUGCUGUGACCGCCGUUGUCAGUGCUCAAGCUCAGGCCUUGUUUAAAGCAGCCGGCGCGGAGGACUUCCUUACAAAACCAUUGUCUCUGUCGAAGCUCGAACAGACUUUGGCGUUGUAUCUGCCUCAACAACUCAAGAGGAGAAUAUCGACUGCGAAGCACAGUCCGAAGACCGUGGCAGACGAUGAGCGCCGAAGCAACACGAGUAAACCAAACACCAGACUCGUUGAUUCGUUUGGUGUACAUGACUUUACAAGGUGCAUUCCUUGGAAAGCAACCAUUUCAAAGCCAUCAGAGGCUUCGAUAAAAAAGCCACAGUCAGAUCUUCCGUAA